AUGUUAGAAGAGCGUGUAGAGGAGUGUGAACAGUACUCGAGGUCUAAUUGUGUGGAGAUCCAGGGCAUCCCUCGUACACCUACGGAGGAUGUACUGACUAUUGUGAAAGAAGUCGGCAAGGCUAUGGACAUGGACAUCACUGAUACCAUGGUCGACACUUGUCACAGACUAGGACCUAGGGGAAGUGGAAGUACUCAAUCAGGAAUCAUUGUCAAGUUUGUGCGUCGGAUUGACAAGGAAGAACUUUUAAGAAAAAGGCGUGUGAAAAGAACACUCUCAACCAGACACAUGGGUAGGACGGAUGAUUUGCCGAUCUAUAACAAUGAAUCAUUGUCACCAGCCCGGCGGAGGUUGCACACCUUGGCGAGAACGUACAAGAAGGAGAAGAACUACAAGUUCCUGUGGGUGCGAAACGGCAAGAUUUUUCUGCGGAAGGAAGAAAACGCUCCUGUCAAGGUAAUUACAUCAGAAGAGGACUUAAAGUAG